CUCCUUGCGCUCUUUAUCUUUUGUAUAUGCACGUUAGCUAUACACACUUUUAUCGAAGUAAACGUUUCGUGUUGUGCAUUGUAUAGUAGUGGUAGCAAUAAAAAGAAGUAUAAAGAAAACGGAAUAUACGGAUCAAGUAAGAGAAAUAUUUACUUGCAUACACUACUAUUCUUCAUGUGCGAAUUCUGGUUAUGGCUUUUUAAAAGAUCUGUUACUGUUCUUUUAAUAUACUUUAUUCUUCCAUGCUCUGUAUGUAUAUUAAAACGUCGAGGCAAAGUUACGUAUAACUAUUUCUACGUAAUGAAUAGAAAUAUACAAAAUAAUGGGCUGAUUUCUUAGUAUAUAUUCUGAAAGAAUACUUAUGAAUUUUGAAAGCACAUGCCAGGAUAAGGAUUUGUAAACUUUUAUCUCCGAUAUCUAAGACUAGAUGAAAGACUUAAAUGAAAAAUUAUUGCAGUUAUUAUCUGCACAAAAAAUUUCAUCCCUUAAAACAAGCGAUAUUCAUGCAAAUCAACUAACAUAUGAUACUGGUUCUGAUAAUGACAAUGCUUCUAAAAUAGAAUCUAAGACUUCUGUAUCUCCAUUAUUCGGUCAUUAUAGAUAUGACUGCUCCUUUCUUCAUCAUGAUAAUUCUGUUAAUUUACCAACUUUACCCACAUAUUUGCCACCAAUUGGAGUAUUUUGGGAUAUUGAAAAUUGUCAUGUCCCAAAAGGAAGAUCUGCUAUGGCAGUUACGCAAGUGAUUAGAGAUAAAUUUUUUAGUGGUUACCGAGAAGCAGAAUUUAUUGUUGUUUGCGAUGUUCAAAAAGAAAGUAAUCAAGUAAUGCAAGAAUUAAAUGAUGCACAGGUUAAUUUAAUACAUGUUGCUGCAACAUGUAAAAAUGCUGCCGAUGAAAAACUUAAACAGUCUAUCAGAAGAUUUGCUGAUAUUCAUGGUAGUCCAGCAGCAAUAAUUUUAAUAUCAGGAGAUAUUGAUUUUGCUGCUGAUCUUAGUGAUUUACGAUACAGAAAAAAAAUUCAUGUGAUACUUCUUCAUAAUAAAAGUACCUCAGAAGCAUUGAUACUAUGUGCUAAUGAACAUUAUGAUUUUAUGGAUCUUAUGGAACCAUUGCCAUCUAGACCUUUAUUAAAGAUUAGCGAAUAUUAUGAUCUCAUAGUCAAUAAUCUUCCUGAAGAUAAGGAUGUUGUAGUUAUUAAACGACGACUUCAAAAAUUGUCUGACAAUUGCGGUGGUCGAGUAAUAGGAAUCCAAUUUAAAACUGCUAUUGUGCGUUUUUCUUCAGAAACUUCUGCAAGAAGGGCUCAGAAACGUAUGGAUGGAGAAUAUGUUUUUGACUCAAAGAUUUCUGUAAAAUUUCACAAGGAAACAGGAAACAGUAACAAUAAAAGUCAAGGAAAUUCCAUAACUCGAAAUCGUGCUAUAAGUGAAUCAGAAAUUAUAGCUAACUCUUCUAGGCAAAUGUAUAGUGCAAGUGCUUCAAUAGCGGGUGCACGAACCCUUCAAGUUCCACAUUAUCAAUCAUCAUCGCCUGUGGUAGGACCAUAUACUACUUGGGCAGGAGUACCCUGUGCUCCUGUUAGUAUUUCUUCAGGAAUGAUUCAACAACCACCAAUUAUUGUUGCUAGACCAUAUUCAUCAAAUAGUGAUGUAACAUUUAACAGAACUUAUAAUGAACUAACUAGAGUUCAAUCACCAUUGAUUUGGCAAGUUGCUGGUUCUCAGCAAUUUAGUCAUUUAUGGGAAGACCAAUAUAAGGUGGAAAAAACAAAACUAUCAAGCAAACGAAUACAUGCCCCGCAGGCUCGGGACAACAGUGCUGCUAAUGGUACAAUAUCAAGAACACCAGAAUGUCUUAGACCUAUCAGAGGAGCUCACAAUUCAUUCAUUCAUGCUUCAGAAUGGGCAGUUCAUUCUCAAACAAAUACCUUCAAACGCCGUAGUCCAUCUCCUAUGUAUGAAUCUCAGAUACAUGAACGAAAUAAUCAAUGGAAUGGACAAAACCAACAUUCCGUAUUCAUACGUAAUACCAGAACACCAUCACCAUAUGAAGGUACUAUGAUACGAGUUAUAAACCAACAAAAUAAUCAUUUCUCUCCAUAUCAUCAAAAUGAUGCAGAAAAUGAAGAAGUAGAAAAAUUUUUUCAUCCAAUAAAUCGUAAUGGAAAUGGUACAUCUAAUGGAAGUUAUACACCUAUUGAAUUACAAGUAAGCAAUUUAGAUCAAAACAUUGACCCAAAGGAAAUGAAGCAUAUUCUUUCAUCUAUUUUCAUGGAGCACGUAACAGUUUUGCAUGUAUCUAUUUUUAUGCAAUCUGAUGGUAACUAUGCAGCUAGUGUCAAAGUAGCUUCUUUGCCAGAUGCACAAUAUGCAAUUUCUCAAUUACAUCGUCGUAAAAUUGGAUAUAAGCGUAUACUAAUAUCGUAUGCUCAUACUGGAGGUCCAAAUCCUCAACUCAUACGUGCACAAAUUGUAAUGCUUUUGCAAGAAGUACCAGGUCAUAAAUUGCCACUUUUUAAAUUUCGAGAAAUGUAUGAAAGUCGUUUUAUGAUAUCUAUUAGUAUUUCUGAAUUGUAUAAAAUGAAAGAUGUAUGUAUUGUCACUGAAGAUGCUAGUGGAAGAAUGGUAUCUCUUAAUCCAGAUCAUAGAAAUACACCAUCUCCAUGUUUCAGUACUCCAACUCAGGAAGGAUAUGUAGAAUUACCAUAUUGUAUUAAACAUACAUCAAAACCAUGGUCUGAUAAAGGUUGGGCUGAGCAAGAAAUGGCAUCUUUGCCAAAUGUUAAUGUUUCUCUAAAAUUACUUGCCCCGCGUAUACAGCAAUUAUUAACUAUGCACAAUGGAAGUUUGCCACUACCCAGUUUGCCAAAUUGUUAUGCAGCUGAAUUUAAAGAACAUUUAAAGGUGAUAGAAAAUGGUGUACCUUUAGAACAUUUAGUAUCAUGUCUAUCAUUUGUUCAAUUAAAGCAAGGUAUUGGAAGUGUCAAAUACCUUAGUUGGGCUUUAGAUAAAGAUCACGAUGAAAGUCAUGAAGAAAAUAAAUGUGUUAGUCCUCCAUUGGCAAAUCAAUUGGCUUUAUUUAGUCGUGAAUUAGUGGACCUUCUAAAAACUGCUCCACACUGCCAACUACCAUUUAAUCGAUUUAUUCCAGCUUAUCAUCACCAUUUUGGAAGACAAUGUAGAGUUGCUGAUUAUGGAUUCACCAAAUUAAUCGAUUUAUUAGAAGCACUUACACAUACUGUUCAAGUAAUGGGAGAGGGAAAUAAACGAGUAGUAACACUUUCUCAUCGUGCUCAAGUACGUCGUUUUACAUCAGAUUUACUAAGAGUGUUAAAAUCAAAAGCUAGUAAACAAGUGACACUUUCAGAAUUUCCAAAUGUUUAUAGCAGAGUAAUAGCUAAGCCAUGGGAUAUUGUUGAUUAUGGUGUAUGUGAAAUUGAAGAUAUUCUUAGCGAAGUAUCAGAGAAUACAGUUGUUAUGACUACAAUUAAUGGAGGCGAUAAAAUGAUAGCUAUCCCCAAACGUGAACAAACUGCAGAAGAAAUAGAACGUACAAAACAAUUUGCAUUUGAGGUUGUAGAAUUAUUGAGACAUGUUCCUCAAUGUAAAAUGUUAUUUAAUAAAUUUGUGCCAUCUUAUCAUCAUCACUUUGGUCAUCAGUGUCGUGUAUCAGAUUAUGGAUUUACUAAAUUGAUAGAAUUGUUUGAAGCUAUACCAGAUGUAGUUAAAAUCGAAGAUGGAAGUAAUGGUGAAAGGCAAAUUAGUUUGACAGAAAAAGAGGGUUUGCGUGUUCUCAGUGAACAAAUAUCAAAGCUAGUAGCUCAUACAAAAAGUGGUCUUAGUGUUUCGAAUAUUGUUCAGAACUUCUUACGACAAUUUGGCUAUGCAUUGCGUCCAGAAUUAUUUGGCUGUAAUUCUGUAUUACAACUCAUGCAGAAACUUGAUGACAGUGUUAAGAUUAUAGAUUUAGCUACAGGACCAGUAAUAGUUGCAAUAGAUAAAUCUCACUUGCAGCAGUUAGCUUUACAAUGUCGCAGAGUGUUAAUGGAUCAACCUCAAUAUAAAACGCCUGUAAAAGAAUUUCGACAACAAUAUUCUCAAUAUUAUUCAAAAACUUGUAAUAUUGAAGAGCUUAAAAAAGAUUUAUCUCAUGUUGUUCAGUUUACAACAAUCAAUGAAGAAAAUUUCAUAGAAUUAACUCCAUUACAUUGCUUUGCAUGUAAUUUAUAUCGUGUUAUGAUGAGUUGUGGUGGUCAACUAAAUCUUUCACGUUUUGAAGCUGCAUACCUAGCAGUCAAUGGUUCAGCAUGCAGAGCUGCUCAAUAUGGUUUUCCAACAUUAACAGCUCUUUUACAAGCAUUACCUUGUACUGUGAUAUUAAAAGAUACACGAAAAGAUAAACGAAAAAAGAAAGUAAUAUAUCUUAAUAAAAAAUUAGCUGCUGUUGGUAUUGCAUUACCUGUAAUGUAUGCAUCAGGUUCAUCAUAUCAUGAUACAGACUCUAGCAAUGAGUCAUUCGAAAGUGAUUCUUCAUCACGUAUAAAUGUAUCUAGUAAUGCUUCCACAUUGGAAGAACAUGGAAAAUGGAUAACACACGUAAUUAAUGGUCAUAAUUCUUGGAAACAAGAUGAAGAUAACCAUUUUUGGACACAAGAUUGUGAAAAACAUUGGAAGGUCUUAACAUAUUCGGAAGAACGAUCAAAUAAUUGGCCAUUAUUUGAAAAUAACAAUGGAGAUUUUCUUAAAAAUUUGAUACAUACACCAACAAUUAUACAAAACGAUUUUCCAGCUCCUCCACCUAAGCCUGAUUCUCCACCUGAGGUGGAUAUAAGAACAGAUAAUCAAUGGAAGUCUUCAGUAUGGAUAGCACCAACAAAGAUUUUAUAUUCGCAAGAUGAACGGGUUACGAACGUAGAAGUACCUCCAUUAACUUUACCUUCCUGGAAUCAAAUAUCUGAGGAUGAUACAUUAAAUUUAUUAUCACCAACCAAAAACUUAUUACCAGCUGCUGCAAAUCCGUUAAAUCCACGUACGUCACCUUAUUUUUCAACUAAGCACAAUUUAGUUAUAGCACCACAUCCAUCCGAAUUACCGCUACCUUCAUUGUCGCUGACACCGAAAAAGAAUGUGUCCUCUGAAAGCAUUACAGUCGUGCAAGAUUGUAUAGGAAAACAAGACGUUAAUUCUAACAAUAUUAGUGAAGUUAAUAACACAAGAAAUUUCGGAAAAGAAAAUAAUGUUGAUAAUAAGAAAAAUGAAAUUCACAACACUCCAACUAAACCAUUAUUUACAGGAAAGCGACGUUUAGCAGCUCAAUUCAACCAACCUCUUCAAUCAUAAAUAUAAAUUGAGAUUUAUAACUCAAUUGAAUGCAGGCAGUCAUUUUAAUUUAAAGAUGUAAACGUUUGAGGUUUUAACUCAUCGGUAGAUCGCUGCACAAUCAUUUGAGUACCUAUAAAACUACCCCUUAGUCGGUAGGUACCAUUAUAAUGUCUAAAAUUUAUAUUGUUCGUAUACAUUCAUUUCAUUUGUACUUAUCUUGAUAGAAUAAAAAAAACAGAAGUUAUUUUCAAAAUAUAUGAACAUGUACAAUAUGUAACAGUUUCUAAAUUGAAAAUCUAAAAUGAAUGAGCAGCGUUUAUAUCGAAUGACACGUAUUGAUGGUAUUGUAUACAAAAGUCGUAGCAUUUUCCACACUGUGAUAUAGAAUAAGAAGAAUGUGAAAAUAAUUGUACUAGCAAUAAAGGAAACGUGCCUUCGUAAUGGCACUGAACACAUGUAAGGUACUUUAGAUUUGGGCCGACUUUUCCUACCUCAUACGUGAUUAGACAGACAAAAUAAAUAAAUUAAAUUGUAUUAUAUUAUUUUUUAACCCUUUGCGGUCCGGAUUAUUUUCAAUGUCUCAUUUUAAGUAAUCUGCAUUCAUUCAUUAUUAAUUUUUUAUCGUUAUUAUACUUUAUAAUUAUUUUAAAUUAAAUAUCGAAUUUAAAGGGAUUAAAAUAUCGAUAUUCUUUAUAACUGUACAAAAUAAAAAUAUACAAAAGUUCACCAUUAUAUCUUUGAAACAGGAUUUCAAUUUAUAUUUAAAAUAUAGGACCGCAAAAGAUUACAUUUCAAAAUAACUAAUUUUUGUAGAUGUUUAAAUAUCAUUAUAGUGUUUAUAUUUGUAAUUAUUGAUUAAAUUUAGUAAUUUUUAAAGAUAUUCUAAUAGGCCCGAAUCUACUGAUUUUUUCGUACAACUGUGUAGAUUCCGAGUUGUAUUUGUAUAAAUUUAUUUGCAUUUAUGAAAUAAUGUACAUGAUUCCAGAAUAAUGUUAAACAAAUACAACUCGAGAUUUCUAAUUUUAUUAAUUUACAUAAUGAUCAAUUUGUACAAUUAUUAUUAUUACUAGUAUUUAUGACAUAUUAUUUCAUUACAGUCAACGUGUUUUAUAAAUUAAUAUAUAAUUUUAUAAUUAUAUUAUAAGUAUAUAUAUUUGUAAGAUUAUUUGUAAAAAUUAGGAAAGAUUACAUAUAUAGGAACUUCACACAGUUUCAGUAAGUAAAAAAAAGUUUUAAAUGAUAAUAUAACAAUUUCUAUACAGUAUUAAAAUUAAGAAAGCAGUGGUACAAUUAAAGCGUACAUGUAAUAUACUGUAAAAUUUUAACGAAAAAUUAAGGUUACUUUAAAUUAUAGAAUAUGAUUGCUUCGAGUAAUUUUAUUAGAAAAAAAGAAAAGUAUUGAAACGGUGAAAUAAUUUACAUCGAUUUUUUGUGUAUGAAUAGAAAAGCUAAUACAGAUUAGCCUAAAGAAUAUCAUUUAUAUCACAUUAAACCAUAAUUUUAAUCUUUCUAUUGUUACGUGUAAAGUAUAGUACAAAACAAACAUAAAGAAGAUAAGCGCUUUCUUCAAUUUACUUAAUUAAGAUCUUGAUAUCAUAUUUUAUUUUUACAUUUACGAAUGUUUUAUUAGCGAUAACUAUUCAUUACAAUGUAGAAAUAGUAAAAAGCGUUUUACAGUGGCUUUAUAAAUUUUUAUAAUUGCAAGUAUAAUGAAAAGUGUUAUUUUUGUAAUUGUUAUUUCAGUUUUGAUAAAUUGCUGAAUUAGGUACAAAAUCUUUUAAAAUUUUACCAACAGUAAUACAUGUUGGCAAUAAUAUAAUGUGUAAUAAGUCAACUAAUAAUUAGAUACAGAAUCCUGAGGAAAACUUUUUGCUGUUAUUUUGUGAUCGCUAAUGAAAUAUUAAAUUAUUCUUAAUAGUA